GAACGCUAUUAACUGUUUUGAAUCAAUUGGAGAUUUGAGUCAUCACCGGGACAGUCGGCUCAGUCGUCAUUCGCUACCCGGCACCCUUUGGAUUCAGUCUCCAUACAAUCAAGAGUUCGACAAUACCUUUCAGAUUCGAACAAAUUAUUCUUACGAUCUCAGUACUACUCACACUGAACUCAGGGACAAUCCUGCAAUUACGAGGAAAUCGUUCAAUAUUCAAUGAUUCUUGACUAUGGUUUAUUUUUUCGGAAAGGACUCAUUUAAUAUACCCACAUGUAUUAUUCAACAUUAACUCGACCCGUUUAAUGAUACCUUUAUGUAUUACCGAGCGGUACAACUUGUUUGUGUCUGAUGUCAAACUUUUGCCCUAAUACCUAACGGCGUUCGUAACAAGUUACUUGGCAAGCUUCUUCGUCAUCGGCCCAUGAUUGAGGCAAACUUUGCAAACAAUCGCAUGCCGGUGGGUUAACAGGAGAGGAUAUCGGAAUCCUAAACCGCCGAGCAAAUCAGGACAUCGCACGGUAACGUUAACGAAAGGAAGAAAUACAUUAUUUAAUCUGUGAACGACGGGAGUUACUUGUCGGACUAUUGGACAAAGCGAGACUGGAAUCUAUGCAGAGGUCCAGACACUGCCACCAUAAAGUGAACUUUAAGAUGGAACCCUGAGAUGCCUUAAAACGGAGGGGAUCGUGGAGACAUAAAAGAGAUCAUGGAAUUCCAUUUCAUCACAUGGUCAAGCUUUAUGCUCAUUAUGUCAAGAUUGAUGACGUCAUAUGCGCUAUCGCAUGGGCCCGGGCGCUGCUGGAACACCAUCAGUGCUCUGAUCACCGUCCGUGAGACGUUUAUGGAAUCGAUGACGAAGCGAACUGCAACCUGCUGCGACUGGUUCUGUACUUCUAAAUGUUCUUCAUACAGAGUUGUUUAUCGUACUGCUUAUCGCAACGCGCUGCGGACGAUGUACAAGAUUGACCUCGGAUGUUGUCCUGGUUGGCGACCCCAAGAAGGACACUGCGUACCUGCAUCUAUACCAGAUGGUCCUGCCGAAGCCACUUUGAUGCCAUUCCAGCCUGGAAACCCUAAAAGCAAUCCAAGGUCUUCAGGAGCUCAUCAAGGAGACACAGGAACAUCAAAAGGUACUGUAGAACGAGGAUCAUCUAAUAGCGGAAAAUCUCACCUUGGCCGAGGGAGCGGUAAGGACCAGCGGGCUGGUACUGCUUCAGGCACCAAACCAAUCGACCAUCGGCCGAGGUUACCGGGCCAAGAUUCAGCGGCACACCAAGGAGACGUGUACGUCAUAAAGAAGUCUCGGUCCGAUGCUUGGGCAACCUCGCAUCCGGUCGAGAUGUCCGUCAUCGUGGGCUUGCUCGGCAUCGUCAUCGUCGUCAUCCUUGUCUGCUGGACAAUGUAUAAGAAAAGAAUAUCAAGGGAUCGUAUAGCACUUAUACAACUUCAUAAAGGUGAAGAGAGCUCAGAUGCCUGCGAGGCGGGCGCGUUUCAGUACGAAGUACUUCCGAAGACGGAGGGGGCAAACCAGCAUUUACCAGCGGCUGCUUCAGCGUCCUCAACGGCAGAAGAGCAUGUCUAUCAAAACUUUCCAAUUGUCAAAUCACGGGCGUUAUACCAUUACAAGAACAGUCAGAAACCUCAAUCAGAAGAAGAGGUACCUCGGGGUAAUCUAUAUGAGAUUAAUUUACCGGAGGGGGAAGAUGACCCUAGGUAUACCAUGCUGAAUGUAGGCGAUAGGCAGUCGUCGUCAUCUUAUACCCCACUCCAAAAUACGCCAUCUACGACGAAAGAAGAUAUAUGAUGAUAACUCUCCAUGUGCUAUUACUGGUAUAGGACAAGUUCACCCCAACAAGAUAUUGCUUUGAAUGAAAGGAGAAAUAUCCAACGAGAAUAACACUGGAAAUUUCAAGAGAAAGUUAGGACAUUUUAAAGUUUCGCUUGAUUUCACAAAACAGUAAUAUACACAUC